UCACAAUGUUAGAAAGCCCGCCCAUAGGGAGGUUAACGCACAUUCUGGCUUCCACCUCCGGUGUCGCGAGGCCGCCAUAUUUGUUCUAGAAAAAUACAAAAUUAAAUAGGUUGUUUUUAGUUCUCCGCAGCUAAACGGCUGCAUGUCAGAACACGGGUGACGACAGGAGGCGUACAGUUACAAGACUCAACAAGGCAAAAAGAGGUAAAACCUGAAUUAAUUUAGCUUACUAACUAAAUUCAUGCGCGCAGGCUAAUAGCUAACGCAGCAGACUAGUAAAUAACAGUAAUAGAGUACGAACUUCCUUCCAAGACCUUCACAAUAAAAUACACAAGCUCCGCUUGCCAAUAUUACAUUAGUUUUCUUCCACUUUAUGGUUAAAAUAAUAUAAUUGGCCGUAAAUUAAUUUAGAAUUAAUUGUCCGCAUCCAUAUGGAUAAUCAAGUAUUCAUUAUUUUAAUUUGUUGUUACAAGCCAAAAUAAAGAAUAUAUUCAAGUCACUCAGAGCACUGGUAUUUCACGAUCAACCAGUGCACCUAUAAUCUUUGAAUCAAUGCUUUUUACUUUACCUUAUAUUAAACACAUCCAUGCAUUUGGGAGAACAUAUGACUUACGACUUAUGAAUCAAGUCUCUUAUGUUGGAAGUCUGAAUCCAUGACUUCCGGAAAGGGAACGAUAACCUCUCGCUAACUUUCCUAAAACGAACAAGCUCUGCCGAGAUCGACAGAUGUGGUUCCUAAUGUCUAAGGUUUUGGGAAACCUUGAAAUAUAUUCUGCACAUCGUUCGUUUUUUCUUACGUGGUCCUGAACGAUAAAAGCGCAAUCGUCCUCCUAACAGGGGACUAGCUCUGUUUAGCUAGCUAGCUUGCUAACAUUAGCAAAGCACAUAGGAGCAGCUUUCCCGGCCCCGCACAAACCUACACACGAUCUGAUCACCUGUAUGGAUCUGUGUCAGAUGUCACUGGUGGACCUGGGGAAGCGACUGCUGGAUGCAGCCCGGAAAGGCAACGAUGAUGAGGUCAGAAACCUGAUGGCCAAUGGAGCUCCGUUCACGACUGACUGGUUGGGAACGUCUCCCCUCCACCUGGCUGCUCAGCACGGCCAUUAUUCCACUGCGGACGUCCUGCUGAGAGCCGGUGUCAGCAGAGACGCUCGCACCAAAGUGGACAGGACCCCACUGCAUAUGGCUGCUGCUGAGGGACACAAUGUCAUUGUAGAGCUGCUGAUCAGGAGUGGAGCAGAUAUCAAUGCCAAAGACAUGCUGAAGAUGACAGCUCUUCACUGGGCUGCACAGCACGGGCACCAUGGUGUGGCUGAGACCCUCAUCAAAAACGGGGCUGACGUGCACGCGCGCAGUAAAUUCGACAAGACACCUUUUGACAUCUCGGCAGACAUCCAGAACACAGAGCUGAUGGUGCUGCUGCAGGAGAGCAUGCAGAACCAGGUCAACAUGAACCAGGUGAGCAUGAAUGUGGAGACUAGCAGCACCACAAACCAGCCACAGUUCAUCAUCCAGGGAAUACCCACCCUCCAGGGGGGGGUGGUGAACCUGGCGGAGCUGCUCAACAAGGCCAGUGCAGGAGAGUCGGAGGAAGCGAUGGCUGCCAACGCUUUGGACUCCAACAUCCAGCACGCCACCGUCGUUAACGAGAGUGGCCAGAGGGUUAUCACCAUAGUAACAGAUCAACACGGCAACUUGCAGACCACCGGAGGGAUGACGCAGCCGUUUUUUGUCACAAUGCAGCACGGGCAGCAGAUGCUGGCGGUGCCAGCCAACACGGUGACAGAGGAGGUGGUAACAGAGGAGCCUCCUCCAUCCAGGAAGAGAAAGCUGGAGGUGACCAACAACCACAGUGACACGGGAGAGACGGAGUUGUUGCAGAGACAACUGCAGGAAGCCAACAGGAAGGCCCAGGAGUACCGACAGCAGCUGCUGCGUAAGGAGCAGGAAGCUGAGGAGUACCGCAUAAAGCUGGAGGCCAUGGCCCAAAUUCAGGCCAACAGCAGCAACACCAACACCGCCGGCGGUGCCACCAACGCUGCGAGUCCUGAGGAGGUGGUGGGAGGAGAGGAUGAGGAGGAGGGGGCUACUGGUGUGGUAGAAGAAGAGGGAGAAAUGGUUGUGCUGCAGGAGGGGGGCAUCAUCAUGGAAGGGGAGGAGGGUCAGGUGACGCUGGUGGAGACAGGAGGAGAGGCAACUCAGGUCAGCUCCUAACAGAGACCCAACAGGAGGAGACGGGGAGGGAGGGGGACGCUAAUGAGAAAACACAUCACAACAGGAGGUUGCUGAUUAGACUCUUGAAUCUGGCGGAGACGUGGGGGGAGGAGCCGACUCGUGGCAGGAUUUGUGAACCAUUUUGAAUCCCCUCAGAGGUCUAACACCAACCAGAAAAAGAGGAAAAUGGUAAACUUUCAGAGGAGGGCUAGACGUGGGUCAGCUCUGCACCGUUUUAAACGCAUCAGGGAGAUGUACGGACACUUCGUUGGACAACAGAACAGAAGAGUUGCCGUUUUGAGGGUGUGGGACACUGACUUGUUCGCUUGCUUUAGUUUUUGAUGUAUCGAAUUGAAUCAGAAACACUGUGGGGAGCUGGAGGACAAUCCUCUUCACAGGGAAGCAUCUCUGUCCUCCAAACGCCUCACGUCACGUUUCACUUCCCCGCUUAAAAGGGAGUGAAGGGUUGUAAAGAGAAUCACCAAAACGGGACGUGUAGAAUAUGCAAGAAGUUAGCAUUAACUUGUCUUAUUUACAUUUUCAUGCCAUUCAUUAACCACCUCAUCUUCAUUCAUAACUUUUAUUUGCAUGAUGUUCAGUUAUUACCUUGUUUCAUUUAGUGAAUCAUCACAGCUUGUCUUACCAGCUUCAUAAAUGUUUAUGUUGUUCGUUUUCACACAGUCUCCUUUAAACUAGGGCCACAGAUGCCAUAACAUGGACAUGUUUAUUUUUCAGUAUUUGGACACUAAAAUAACUUCCAGUGAAUGUUUCCAACCUGUUUUAAACUGUUUAAUAGCAUCUGAUCCUUCAGUUUUCUUUUCAAUGCCAAAGGUUUCCCAAAUGCUUCUAAUAUGAUCAAGCAGAAACCUCAGUAGUUGUUUUUAAAGAAGCUAAAGAAGUCUCCUAACCACCUUUCUACCCUGUUCCUCACCUAACAGGCCAACAAAUGUCCAAAACUAACAAUUCAACCCAGAAUCCUGACUAGAGAACCAGAGCCACUCAUUAUAAUGAAGCCAUCCGUUUUCCCACUACUUAAACUGUCUUUUUGGAAGAAAACAUCCAAAGAUAUCCAGUUUAUUAAGGUAGAAAACGAUGAAAGUGCAGCUAAUUGACUAUUUUUCUGCUGUGCGGCUUCUAUAGUCGGCUAUUAUAAAUGUUAAAAAUCAUUUAAUAAAGUGGUCUAACA